GCCUCCUCAUGCAUGGCUUUACCGUCCGUGGAGGUUGAGUUAGUUCUCUGGUCCUUUAAUCAUCUCUUCCUUCCUAUAACUCAUUUCCCUAAAUUCCCUUCGUCUUCCAUCAUCCAUCUUCCUCUCUUACUCAUUCUUUCUCUAUAUAUAGUUUAGAAAACUAAAAAAUUAUUGUAGAAUGGUUGAGGAGCUUCUUCUACGAGCUAAGAGAGAGUUACCUUUCCUGAAAGAAAAGAAAAUCAUAAGUACUGGUACUACUCAAAAGCGACUGCUUCCUCCAAAAAUCAUGGAUCACCCCGAACUCUCUUUAGGUCCCUCCAUGUCUUCCUUCGCUGAUAGCUCCUCUUCUGAAUCUGAAGCAAACAAUGGUAAGAAAAGGAAGCUUUCUAGCUGGGAGCUGACGGCCAGUACUCAAACAAACAUAGAUCUUCAGCUCAAUAAUACUCUCCCCUUGGAUUGGGAGCAAUGCCUUGACCUUCAAUCUGGUAAGAUGUACUGCAUAAAUAGAAAAACGCUGAAGAAAAGCUGGUUGAAGCCAAAGGAGCAGAAGCUUGACUUAGAUCUUAACAUAUCAAAUCUUCCGGACUCAGAAGACAAGAGGCCUAGCCCUUUUACCUUAGAUGAGACAAUAGAGCUGAGUGGAUCUGACACUGGAGGCGGCAUGGUUGCCAUCGUUUGCCUCAACUGCUACCUGCUUGUCAUGCUCUACCGUUCAUCACCCGCAUGUCCAAACUGCAAGUUCAUGCACUCACUUCUUCCAUCACCUGCGCCACAGAAGAUAAAGGCUGUGAAGUCGCUUGAAACGCUAAGUCUUCUCCAUUAGCUCACUAAUUAAUUAGAUACUAAAUAUCAAUCAAUAGCUAGGAAUCAUUAUAGAGAGUGGCUAUUAAUACUAUGUAAUCAAAUCGCUAAGAUGUAUCAUCCAUGAAUGCUCAAUGCACUUCUU